UGAUUUGUUUCAUUUUCAGACAAAAAUACGCUGAUUAUGGUUACUGCUUUAACUUAUAUAAAAAUUAAUAUAAAAUUGUGAAAACGUCGCCAGUAGACAUUUUUGGAAAACAAAGUUUAGUAGUUGUUUUGAUGGUUGUACAGGAUGAUCCCUAAAUUUAGUUUUGCGUAAGGAUGGUCGUAGAAGAUGAUGGGUGAACAGUUUCGGAAAGUAGAACAAUAUUCACCGAAAUCAUCUCCAAGGGGGGCUCGAUCCCCUGUUGUUUCUCGUCAGGAUUCUUCAGGAACAUUAAAAACGACGAUUUUGCUGGGAAAGAACCCUUCCAUUGUCCCGAGUGGGCCCUUCUACUUAAUGAAGGAACCUCCAGGAGAUUCCGAAUUAACUGGAGCGACCAAUUUGAUGGCCUAUUAUGGCCUCGAACAUUCAUAUACGAAGUUCAGCGGCAAAAAGUUAAAAGAAGCGUUAUCCUCUUUCUUACCUACACUACCCGGUGUUAUCGAUUCGCCAGGCGCACAAGACAACAGCUCUCUUAGGUCAGUUAUAGAAAAACCUCCGAUCGGAGGCAAAGAGUUGUUACCAUUGACCAGUUCACAGCUUGAUGGAUUCCGUUUACAUCCGGGACCGCUACCCGAGCAAUAUCGGUAUAUAAAUCAAAUGCCAAUAAAGAAGCAUAAAAAUAAACAUAAGAAACAUAAACACAAAGAGGGAGGUCCCCCGAGCCAAGAAACGCAGAUUACAGAUUUAGGACAAGAUAUUCACGAGAAGAAGCAUAAAAAGCAGAAGCGGCACGACGACGAUAAAGAGAGGAAAAAAAGGAAAAAGGAGAAGAAACGAAAAAAGCAAAAGCACAGUCCCGAACACAGCGGCGGUUUAACACCAAGUCAGCAUUCGAGUACAUGAUUUCUAUUGUCGGAUAUUCUCUUCGGUUAUUAAAUUUCGACAUCGCUUAUGUAUAAAGUGUCUUCGAAUGACUGCGUAACAGUUCCAGUUUUAAUUGUGCUUCGAUUCUUGAACGAUAAUUAGGGGCACGUGAAAUUUAUAGGUUACUUUAAGGAGAUAAUUUUCACUGUUGUUUAUAAGCUGUAUUUCCAUUGACGAUCUUGUGAUCGUGUACUAUUUUUUAGUGAUGGUAUAAUAAAUAACGAUAUUAACGUUUA